AUGGCGCUAGUGCUUCACUCCUACGCGUCACCGUUCACGGAUCAGCUCCAACUGAAGGAACGUUUUUUCACCAUCGACGGCAAACUCCUCAAAAUACAACAGGCCUGGAAAGGAGAUGGAAAGGGAGGGACGGACAUUGGCUUUGGGGCUAGCGUUUACCCAGCUGCCUAUGUUCUCGCGGAGUACCUUGAGCGCCACCCUUACCUCGUGCGCGGGAAACGGGUGAUAGAGCUAGGUGGGUGUUGUGCUAUUCCGGCGCGAGCUGCGCUCUUUGCUGCUCUACAGUACCACUGCAUGACAUUUAAAGGAGCCGCCGAGGUAUGCUUAACCGAUGGAGACGAGGAAAGCCUGAAACUGACCCAGAGAAACGUGACGGACAAUCUCCAGCCCGAUUUCUCUCGGCGAAGUCCUAGUACCGCCUCCUGCUGCGACCAGCAGCAAGCUCAAGACGCCACCGCUGCAGAGGAGGAGAGAACCGGGUGCAAUGCGGACUCCAAAGGCGGCAGCACCAAUAGCGUCGAGAGUUCUGCGGAUCGAAGGCCACCACAAGCCACUGCGGCCACCAUUUCGGCCACUGCGGCCACCAUUUCGGUGCAAAAGCUUCGCUGGGGCUGUGCAGACGACAUGCACGCUGCUGGUGUUCCCCUCGGGGGAGACGGCGACAGCGGAAGCUCUCGUGCUUGGGACGUGGUGCUGGGGUCGGAUAUCGCCGCCUUGCCUUACGCGUCGGCUUAUGGCGACCUCCUCCAAACAAUCGUUUCGCUCGUAAACAACACCAAGGGUAGUGGCCAAGUCAGCCACACCGCGCCGUCGCCACCUCGAACAAUUUCUGACCACGUGACCGGAGAGGACCAGAACACGGAAAUUUCAAACACUGCUGCUUCCGACAGCUGCGAAGCCCUCGAUGGCUCCGGCUGUGAAAGCGGUAGGGGAGAACCGGCGAUAAUCAAAACGUCGCCAAUGAAGGGUUUGAUGGCUGAUGCCGGCCGCAGCCGGUCGGAGAGAGCGGGACGGCGGCGGGUAGUUGUGCUCUUGGCACAUAAACGAAGGCAUGUCUCAGAGGAGGCGUUUUUUGAGGAUCUGAGGGAGGAGCUAGGCGGAGAAAGGAGCGUCCGAGGAACCAGCGAGGACGACAUUCACCCCGAUUUUCGGGGCACGGGAAUACGCUUGCACAUGUUCGUGGUCGAUGUUUGACGCACGGGGC